AGAAUAAAUAGACGUCGUUUUAUCUGUUAUUGAAGUUCUGAAGAUACGAAAUCAAGAAAGACAGAGCACAAUGCACAGUACACAGAGGAGGUUGCAGUGGUGGUAAUAAGCAAAGUGCCAGGAUUAUAAAGUUUUUGAAUAAAGCAAUUUAGUUGAUUUUCUUCAUCAGAUGGAUGAGUACGAAUAUCUUAAGAAGAUCGGAGAAGGUUCCUAUGGCACGGUUCACAAAUGUCGCAAGUCAGUAAAUGGCGAGAUAGUAGCAAUAAAAACCAUCUUAUUCUAUGAUUAUGAAGGUGUCCCGCGCUCAGUCAUGAGGGAGACUAAUCUUCUCAAGCAGAUGGAUCACCCGAACAUUGUCAAAUUGCUGGAGGUGCUGACCGCUAACAACAAAGUCUCCCUCGUCCUUGAGUAUGCUGAUUAUGAUCUGCAGAAAUUCAUAUUAUCAGACCCUGCAAAUACUCGGGAUCCUCACUUCAUAAAAAGGCUUUUGCAUGAUAUCUUAUCUGGAGUCCAAUACUGUCACAGAAACAGAAUCAUUCAUCGAGAUUUAAAGCUUGAAAACUUGCUAAUUAAUAGUCAAGAUAAAAUUGUGAAACUUGCGGACUUUGGAUUAUCCAGGACAAUAGAUACUCCUCUCGGACCACUUACAAAACAGGUUGGAAACUUGAAUCAUAUGGCUCCAGAAGCCUUGCUUGGCUCUGCUCAAUACUCCACUCCUAUUGAUAUUUGGGCUGUCGGUUGUAUGUUUGUUGAAAUCGUGACCCAUCAAGAUCUGUUUGCGGGCUUUUCGUCUUCGAUAUUGUUGGCAAAGAUUGCCAGAACUAUUGGCACACCGGACGAACAAAUUUGGCCUGGAGUGACUGCAAUGUUUCCACCUAACGUAAUGCGACAACAGUUUCCUCCUAAGGAUUUUGCUGAAAUAGCUCCAGGUCUUGAACCAGCAGGAAUCAAUCUUUUAUCUAGAAUGCUGCGGUGGAAUCCUAGUGAAAGAAUAACAGCUGCUGAAGCUCUUGCGCAUGAGUACUUUGAUGGUAUUCAACCUCGGACAUGACGUUCUAAGAAUCAAAUCUGUCUUUUCUAAUGUUUACCAAAGAGAUCACUGUGAAUACAUUUAGGUACAGAGGAGUAGAACUAUGUUGCUGCUGCUGCUUGUCAUUACCAUCAUUUACGUGAUUUGUCGUAAUUGUGUUUACCAACGAGAUCACUGUCCAUACAUUUAGGUUGUGAAUUCAUACUGUUGUUCAAGCUAGCUGGAGUAAAGCUUGUAUAAAUCAUUGUAUUUGGUAGUCUGGUUAUUUCUCUUCUUGGACACAAGUUUACAGUUUGUUGAGUUCAUAAACAGAUAAACUGAAUGAAAGUAUUGGUUGUU